CCGGUUCCCCCCGCCUCUCCGCUCGUGGCCCUGGCGGGAGUGGGUGUGUCGGCGCGGGGCAGCGCUGCCUCGUAGUCGCGGCUCGUGCGCACUCUGAAAAAGAGGAAAAAGUUGAGGAUGAGUUCAGAGUGAGCGCGGCCCGCCUCGGAGCCACUUCAAGCGGCCAGGGAUGGCAAUCUGGACCCGAGCGGACAAGAACGGCCAGCUGGACCUGCUGCUCCGGGACCGCUGGAUCCGAGUGGCCGCGGAGCUCACCCGGGAAACGCUCACUUUGACGGCCGAGUCGGAGGCGAGCGGAGCUGGGGCCAAUCACUGGGACUACAGCAACUCUCCGGCGGGCCUGCGGAAUGGCAUGUCGAACGGAAACGACCCGGGAGCGAGUCCCGGGAGCCGCGCUCCGUCCUCCGGCCAGGACCAGCUCCACAACCAGCACCACGGUGGCCGGGGGCGCAGCGGCAGCCCGGGGCGCAACCCCGGGGCUGCCGGCCGGGGUCAGUACGACGGUCCCAACAGCCCCGGGAAGUACCCGAAUAACGGCACUAACUCUGACUUUGGCAGCCCGGGCUCCAGCUACGGCAGCCCCGGGUCCAGCUUCGGGUCCAGGCAGGGCGAGUUCCCGGUCAGUCUGGACGGCUCCUCGGAGGCGGUGCGCAAAGUCCGGGUGGUCAAGCAGGAGUCCGGGGGGCUGGGGAUCAGCAUCAAGGGGGGGCGGGAGAACCGCAUGCCCAUCCUCAUCUCCAAGAUCUUCCCGGGGCUGGCCGCGGACCAGAGCCGCGCGCUCCGGGUGGGGGACGCCAUCCUGUCGGUGAACGGGAACGACCUCCGGGAGGCGACGCACGACCUGGCGGUGCAGGCGCUGAAGAAGGCGGGCAAGGAGGUGACGCUGGAGGUGAAGUACAUCCGCGAGGUGUCGCCGCUCUUCAAGAAGCCGUCGCUGGUGGCCGACCUGCCGUGGGAGGGCGUCCGGCCGCAGUCGCCCGGCUACAGCAGCAGCGAGGACUCGGGCUCGCCCAAACAUGGCAGCUCCUCGUCCAAAGACCGCAAAGUCAUCAGCCUGAAGAUGUGCUUCAUCAGCAGGAACCUCACCAUGCCCGACCUGGAGAACAGACUGCUGGAGCUCCACUCCCCGGACGGUCAGCACACCGUGGUCCUGCGCUGUAAAGACGGGCCCACCGCCAACUCCUGGUUCACCGCCGUGCACACCAACAUCGCCGCCCUGCUGCCGCAGACGCUCGCUCACGUCAACGCCUACCUGGGCGCCUCCUCCUCCGCCUCCACACACCCCCACCUUAAACACAUCGGCUGGCUCGCUGAACAGGUGCAGCUGGAAGGCGGACGGCAGCAGUACCGGCCGGUGGUGAUGGCGCUGACGGAGAAAGACAUCCUGCUGUUUGAGUCGGUGCCGUGGAGCCGGGAGUCCUGGUCCAUGCCGCUGCUCACACACCCUCUGCUCGCCACCAGGCUGGUCCACUCGGGCAGUGCCCGGGGUUCUCCGGCUCAGGGCUCGGACCUGGUGUUCGCCACGCGGACCGGCACGGGCCGAGGCAUCGAGUCCCACAUCUUCCGGGUGGAGACCCACUGGGACCUGUCCUCGUGGACGCGAGCUCUCGUGCAGGGAGCGCACGCCGCCGCCGAGCUCAUCAAGGAGGUCUCCAUCGGCUGCACGUUGAACCGACAGGACGUCCGGCUGACGCUGCACUACGAGAAAGGCUUCACUGUGACCAGGGAGCCGGUCGACACCGCGGGGGGCGCCAUACUCUUCAGAUACCCCUACGAGAAACUCAAAAUGUCUGGCGACGAUGGGAUACGCAACCUGUACCUUGAUUUUGGCGGUCCGGAGGGGGAAAUGGUGUUUGACCUCCACUCGGGUCCGAAGCCGGUGGUCUUCGUCCUUCACUCCUUCCUGUCAGCCAAGCUCACCAGGAUGGGCCUCCUGACGUGAAUCGGCUGUAGUGGCGCCGACCAGAGGAUGUUUUUCUUUUUUGUAAUUAUUAUUUUAGCUUGUUUUUUUUUUUUUUGUUUCCAUUCCCGGCUGAAGCUAGGCCUGAGGUAGUGCUGCGGGGGAUCUUUGAACCCAGGAGAUUGUCUCAGAAACUGUGCCUUCUCCUCCAGCUUCUCCUGCAGGUCCAAAGGAAGUGAGGGGCAAAAAGUCGCUGUUAACAAUCUCGUAACAUUCCACGUGAUCAUGUUUUUUAAUGUUGGUGCGUUCAUGACCAACUGGGAAAUUCGAAAGCUCCCACUUUUUAGUGGGGGGAAAAAGAAAACACAUCUGGGCAGUCAAACUCUCACAAAACUGACGUUUUCUGAGUUUGAGGCUGUAUUUUACCCACUGGGAAGUUUCACAAAACAUUCAACUCAAACUCUGAGCUUCCCACUAGGGAAGUGGGAAUUUCCCAAAUGGAAAGUGAGGAUUUCUGCGUUAAACACGCAGGUUACAUCCUCUCAGAGGUUGAACCUUUCCCUAUCAGAAGUGGUCGUAAAAAGGAAUCUGUAACAUUCUCCUCACAGGCAGAGUGGGAAGUUCCCACGUGGGUUUUACCCAUUUGGGAGUCUGACGUAUGUAUCUGAAACUUCAUCAAUCUGAAACAAUGACAACAAACACCUGUCAACCUGAGCUGAAAAACUAGGAAUUUCCAUUUAUUGAAGUUCAGGUUGUUUUCACCUCAGUUUUCUUUUUCUGUUUUUUUUUUUUUUUCUUUUCAUCAAGUUUUAUUCUCAAAAUUCAGAAGUAUGAAGUGCUGCGAGGAAUACCUCCGAUCCAUCCUUCCUCAUUUAUUCCUGGAACUCACCCAGGAACCGGUAUCUCCUGAAGAUAGACUGUCAUAAACAAAUCAUAUUGAAAGUAAAGUUUAAAUAACCGUAUUUGAUUAACCUAGCCCGUAGUCGGCUAGCUGCAGAGCUAACAGCAGUAUUUACGUAUGUCUGGAAGGUGAUCAAUAAUAGCGACUCCUUCAUGUGUUAUCUCAUAAUUUUUACAGUUUAUUUAGAAAGAUAAUUCAGGAAAUACAUAAAUAUUUUGUAUGUUAAUACACACGGAUAAAGUGUUGACUGCAUUGUAAGUCCUUAAUGGGAAAUGGGACUUUCCCAGCUGGUAACUUUCCGAUUUCCCAGGUGAAUGAACGCGCCACUCCUUUACAUUUGUGCGAUAUGAUGUUAUAUAUAUAUAUAUGAAUAUAAAAAGAUGCAGUGUUGUUUGUAUGAGACUGCAGCAGCCGUGCAGUCUGAGAAAAGUGUUUAUUUUUUGUCUUCUUGUUAGUCGUUUUGCGCUCAGACUGGGAAACGCUCCGUUUUUACUCUGCCUAUCAUUCCGUAACAGCCUUCCAAUCGACUCUGGGCUCUUUCCGCGGCAGUUUGUCGGCGUCCGUGUGGGGAGCCGGACGCAGUUUUUAGUGGCGAUGCAGUCCUACCUGAGCACAGACUGAAGAUGUUCUGGAUGCUACUCGCUACUGUUGGCUUGGUAGUUUAGUGUGCCUGCACGUUACCCAAACACAAAACCCACUGUUGUAAUCAGGAUCGCCAACUGUGCCUUGUUUCAUGUAGUCAGAGACACUCUUUCUAAAUGUUACCCAUGUUUUUUUAUUUCACACAAUGGGAGAAUUCCAUGCUUCGGACAUGCACAAGCAACAGUAUUACUCCUCGAGCGUUAAAUCCUGUUACCAUGUUAACUGUUGAUCUCCACAUGGCGUCGCUCCACAAACAUGAGCUCUGGGUGUGUUUACACGGCAGUGAUUUCAAGUGAAUCACACAAAACUGUUGUUGCGCUUUGGGAGUCUGUUUACACGACAAUGGAGCUCGGAGCCACUGAAAACACUCCGACUGAAAUCAGUACAGCUUUCAGAAAUUGCUCGUAACCCGUGACGUUGUCCUGCUCACGCUCGGUAGAUAGAAAAUAACAGUGUUUUCCUCCAGAGUGUCAUGACUCCCAGUCGUUUCAGAGUUGACGGUCACAGUAAUAACCAUCCAGCUUGGUGGUCUGUCCAUACGAAUGUCCGUGUGGUUUUAUUCUAGCACCAUGAACCAUAACAGCACUACCAACAGCAGCCACUAGUGGGCCUACAUGAAAACUACAUCGGUUUCAGCGUCGCUUCCAUUUCCAUGUGAAACUUCGUCAUGUGAACAGGAAAUUUUCUGAAACACAAACGCAAAAGCGAUACGGUUUUAUUUGAAUCAUUGUCGUGUAAACAGGCCCUGUGUCAGAUGGUGAUGAAUGACGUCCUGUGGGGUUAUGAUACACGCAAAAUGUCUUUUGUGUGUGUUUGUGUCCUGAUUUCUGUGUGUGUAUCGACAUUUGUUUCAGCCUACCUUUGUGCAUCAAAUUUUGUGUGUAACAUGUUUGGUGUGUGUAUCCAAAGCUGCUCGGACCUGUAAGUAUCUUCUCACCUGAUUGGAUUUGGGUCUUCUGCCAUGUCAGAAUUUUAACCCUCAGUCUGGACUUGCAGGCUCACAUGUGUCCAGUUUUGUCUCAUCCUGUUCCCGUCAUGUUAUCAGUGACACAGUGAACCUGCCAGUCCACGGCAGGGUAAAAAAAAAAAAAAAAGACAUAAGCUUCUGUCAUGGCAGAAACACCAACUUCUUGUGCAGAGACAUUUAUUGUCCUUGUGUCCCAACACACACUGAACAUACACACA